ACACAGUAAAGGGGGCAUGCCGGGAAUUGUAGUCCCCUCAGGAAAGUAGCGUCUUGAUCAGUGUGGCGUGGUUCUGUACCUUGGGAGGAGAUGAAUGGGAAGCGGCCAGCGGACCCUGGCCCAGCCCGGGUGGGAAAAAAGGGAAAGAAGGAGGUGAUGGCGGAGUUUUCGGACGCUGUUACGGAAGAAACCUUGAAAAAGCAGGUGGCUGAGGCCUGGAGCCGCAGAACGCCGUUCAGUCACGAAGUCAUUGUCAUGGACAUGGACCCUUUUCUUCACUGCGUGAUCCCAAACUUCAUCCAAAGCCAAGACUUCUUGGAAGGGCUUCAGAAGGAACUGAUGAACUUGGACUUCCAUGAGAAGUAUAAUGAUUUAUAUAAGUUCCAGCAGGUAUUUAUUCCCCUGUACACAGAUUUCUAUGGGUCUCAUGGCCUUGCCUCCUCUUGGAUGUCUAAUCCCACACUGUGGCAUAACAAAUUAUCUUUUGUUUACAUUUCUAGGAAAAUUCUGUUUGAAGAUUUCCGGUCCUGGCUUUCUGAUAUUUCUAAAAUUGACCUGGAAUCAACCAUUGACAUGUCCUGUGCUAAAUAUGAAUUCACCGAUGCCCUGCUGUGCCAUGAUGAUGAGCUGGAAGGGCGCCGGAUCGCCUUCAUCCUAUACCUGGUUCCUCCCUGGGACAGGAGCCUGGGUGGUACCCUGGACCUGUACAGCAUUGAUGAACACUUUCAGCCGAAGCAGAUUGUCAAGUCUCUUAUCCCUUCGUGGAACAAACUGGUUUUCUUUGAAGUAUCUCCUGUGUCCUUUCACCAGGUAAAGAUUGAAUUAUUAACUCACAUUUUGCAUCUGCUGCCUCUUCAUAAGCAUGAGAUUUUGUAUGAUUGGAUCAACCCUACUUACCUGGACAUGGAUUACCAAGUUCAAAUUCAAGAAGAGUUUGAAGAAAGUUCUGAAAUUCUCCUGAAGGAGUUUCUUAAGCCUGAGAAAUUCGCAAAAGUCUGUGAGGCCUUGGAGCAUGGAGAUGUGGAAUGGAGUAGCCGAGGUCCCCCUAACAAAAGGUUUUAUGAGAAAGCUGAGGAGAGUAAGCUUCCUGAGAUAUUGAAGGAGUGCAUGAAGUUAUUUCGCUCUGAGGCACUAUUCUUGCUGCUCUCCAACUUCACAGGCCUGAAGCUUCAUUUCUUGGCCCCUUCGGAAGAAGAAGAGAUGAAUGACAAAAAAGAGGAAGAAGCCGCUGAUAGCACUGAAGAAGGGACUAGCCAUAGUCCUCCUGAGCCAGAGAAUAAUCAGACAGCCAUCAGCAACAACAGCCAACAGAACAAUGACCAGACAGACCCAGAGCCAGAGGAAAAUGAAACAAAGAAAGAAUCAAGUGUCCCCACAUGCCAAGGGGAACUGAGGCGUUGGAAGACCGGUCACUACACUUUAAUUCAUGACCAUAGCAAGGCUGAAUUUGCCCUAGACUUAAUUCUCUACUGUGGCUGUGAAGGCUGGGAGCCAGAAUAUGGUGGUUUUACUUCUUACAUUGCCAAAGGUGAAGAUGAAGAGCUGCUAACAGUGAAUCCAGAAAACAAUUCUUUGGCAUUGGUCUACAGAGAUAGAGAGACUCUGAAAUUUGUCAAGCAUAUUAACCACCGAAGCCUGGAACAAAAGAAAACCUUCCCAAACAGAACAGGUUUCUGGGACUUUUCAUUCAUAUAUUAUGAAUGACAGCACUGGACAAAGCUGAACAAAAACGUGACCCUUCAUCAGUACUGGGAAGUCUGGAAGAGCUAAGCAUGGAGUCAAGGAGAGCUACAUGGUAGCUUGCCUGACAGUGUUCUUAAAACUGGUUAUCUUUUACUAGGACUCAUAAUGAUUGUCCUCAACCAAGACCUUGAGCUUGGAGCUACCUACUUAUCUCUUGAUUAAAAAAAAAAAAAAAAAAAAAAGUUGGCUUUUUUAAAACAUUGAGUCCUUCUUUUUCCACAUUGGCUUCUUCAGUGAAUUUUUAACUUCAAUCUUUUUUUUAUUGAGGUAAAAUAUUUAUAACAUAAAAUUGACCAGCUUACCCAUUUUUAAAUAUGCAAUUCAGUGCAUUAAGUACAUUCCCCUUGUCCAGCCAUCACCAUCAUCCAUCACCAGAACUUUUCCAUCUUCCCAAAUUCUGUGCCCAUUGAACAAUAACUCCCCACCCCCCUUCCCCUAGCAACAGCCAUCCUUUUUGUCUCUGUCAUCAACUUCACUACUCAUAUUUCUCAUAUAAGUGGAAUCAUUCAGUAUUUGUCCUUUUGUAACUGGUUUCACUUAGCAUAAAGUCUUUAUGAU